AUAAAAAUUGUCUCGGCUAAUUUUUCUCAAUUCAACUAAAAAGGUUUAAAUAAAACAAAUAAAAUGGCGGGUCGCGACACUUUCGAGCUGCGUUUUGCGGCCGUCGCGGCAUCCGCCGCCGUAUUGAUCUUCCUCUUUUCCAGCCAAGCCGUGGAAGCAUCACGUAUGCUGAACCUAUGCUCUCACACCGCGUAUCCAUCUCUGUGCCAGCCUUUGGUGAAGCGUGUCACGAACCCAAGAAGAGCCACGCACCAAACCAUACAGGCUUUGGAGGCUAAGACAAAGCUGGCUUUAACUGAAGCGGCCAGGUACAAAAGCGGUAACCAAGAGAUCACUACAUGUUAUGAAACGUUUACCGACGCGCUAUAUAAUUUGGCAAACGCGAGGAAGAGUAUAAGGAAACGUAAUGUGAUGGCGAUGAACACGUUUUUAACUGCGGCUGUGUCUGAUUUCGGUGUAUGUGUUGAAGGGUUCAUUGACAAGGGUCAGGUUAAUACGGUUCAAAAUGCAGCGGUUGAUUUGAGGAAAAUUGGCACCAAUUGCUUGAUGUUGUCUACAUUGAUUAGAUGAUCAAAUAACAAACAUUUGUUAUUUUCUCCAAUAAAAAACUAAUUAAUUUCUUCUAAAUGAAAAAGAGAACAAAAAAUUCUAACUAAUGAAAAAGGGCUUUUCUUUGUUGAUUUUAUUUUGGGGAGCUGUUUGUUGAUCAUCAUUCGUCGUGUAAACGCCACUGGGUAUAAUUAAUAUUUAUCUUAUGUAAUUAAUUGCUAUUAGAUUAUUAUUUUUUUCUUAUGGUAAUUUCAGUCAUAUGAUAGCUUUCAGAAAUUUCAUUUAUCCCUAGCAUUAUAUCAAUAUGUGGUGGUUAAUACCUUACACUCCAGAUAUAUUUAAAAAAAAAAACAGAUUAUAGAGUAGCUGACAUAAAGAAAAUGUAGGGAAGAUGGGUACAUAGAAAGAAAAAAAGAAGAACUUCAAGAAUCAACAAGAAAAACAUAAGAAUUUAUAGAUCUUAUAUUUGUCUCUCAAAAUAUACUAAAUGUUAAAUAAGAAAAAGAGAACAAAAAUUAACAGAGAGUAUAUAAAAGAAGGAAAAGAACGCAUAAAAUGUUUCAUGCUAAGUAUUGCUACUUGUGAACACUUGCUCUAGAGUCUCCCCCAACCUUUUCUCUUUUGACCAACAGCUGAUUUUGUUUAUUCAGUAGAGCUAAGAAUAAUAACACAAUAUAUUGUAUUAACAUAAUUAAUUUUUUUCAGUGAUAAUAAAAUUUUCUUUUAAUUAGAAAAUAGAUCAUUAAUUCUAAGGUCGAGACAAGGUAUAAUAUUGUAUGGUCCAUCAUUAGACGUAUCAUUUUACUAUUAUAAAACUCACGUCUAAACAAAUUUUGGUGUAGUUGACGUAGUCCAAAACUUUGAUUCAACAUGACACGUUCGAUAACACAUGAGACAUGAAAAAUAUAUAUGUUUAUAUGGCCCGUGCUUAAUGCUUAUAUUCAAGACAUGAAGAAUAAGCUUUCAUGGAUAAAGGACCAUAGGGUAGAUUUCAUUUGGCGAGAAAGGAACAGAGUUGCAGAUAGAAUUGCAAAGGAAGUUUUUCCUCUGAGAAUAACCUCUAAAUUAUAUUCUAUGGUGCCAAGUUGGUUAAACCUGUUGAGGAGGAUAAAUAUGUAGUUGGCUAAUGAAAAGUUUGAAGUUAGAGCUAGAAAACACAUGAUGCAUGAUUUGUUUUUAAAAAAACAUUUGAAAGUAUGAGACUCAUGGAAAGACCCACACUAAUUUCUAAAGUGGUGCAUAUUCUCGUUCUCAGACCAAAAUUAAAAGCAUCAUAGUUAGAUUUUGCUUAGUCACUUUAUGUACUUUAUGUAGACUGCUCUGAGAAGUUUGAAAACUGAAUAGGUUUAGAGUUGUUUACACCACGGGUCACAUUCUGAGUUUGUCUUACAUUCAGAGACACAUUCAACAUUUGAGGCACUUUUUCUUGGCACUUGCUAUUUGAUCGGACAAUAAUGCCUCCGAUAAGAGCUUUGUUAUUAAUUUCAACCUCAUUUAUUUAUUUGUUUUUAUCUCAAAUAUUAAUAAAUAUAAAUAAAUAAAUUUGAUGUAAUAAAUUUUAACUUUUCAUCCUCUACAUUUCGACAUUCAUUUAUAUUUACUUUAGAAAUUUAAAAAUAAAAACACAGAAAAUGUUUUUAUAAUUAAAAUAUUGUAGAUAGUAUUGGAUGGAUAAGUCAUCUACGAAAAAAUAAUAUAAAUGAAUGAAUUGUGGACAAAGAAAAUGUGGACAUACAUGAAUUUAUAGUUUGUGUUCGAUGUAGGAAAGGUAAGAAAGAUAAUCUUCUUUGUGGAAAGAAUCCCACUAGUUCCCAGAGAUUUGUUCAACCAUCCACGCAUAACCCAUCCACGCUCCAGCUAUCCACACACCACUUAUCCACGCAACCCCCAUCUACACGCUAUCCGUCCACAUCUUUUGCAGAUCUGGAUUCUGAAAUCGUAACUUUGCAGAUCUGGAUUUUGAAAUCCACAACAACACUAAGAAACCAACAAAA